AUGGUCGCCAAAACCGCUGUUGGCGCAAUCUUUGAUGGCCUGAAAGGCUCAUGGCGGCUGCGAAGGUCUCUCAACAGUAUCCUACCAGGAUUCCCAUCGGGCACUUUCGAGGGCAUAGCAACCUUCAAGCCAAGGAAGCCGACGUCGGGCGCCGCUACGGAUGAGCUACUGUAUAGCGAGCAAGGUGAGCUGAAGAUGGAGAAUGGUCUUACUCUUAAAGCCAACGGCAAGUAUGUGUAUCGCUACGAUGCCGACGAAGACAAAAUUAGCGCAUGGUUCGUGAAGGAAGAAACCAAGCAGAAAGACGGCAAUGAAGAAGUCGACUACCUCUUCCAUGACCUGGAGAUGGAAUCACCUUCUGGAGGAACUUGGGCAGGCCGUGGCGAACACCUGUGCUCACUGGACAUGUACUGGGCUUACUACGAAUUUCGUCUGCCGAAGGUGGCCGAAGAGGGCAACGAGAUGAACGUGUUUGGGGUGCGGUACAAGGUCAAAGGGCCUCAGAAGGACUACACGAGUGAUACCGCUUACGAGCGGACAUUCUCGAGCGAUGUGGCGGUGCUGUGA